AAGUGAGGCGGCACAAUGAUCUGUUGGUUGAUCGGGUGUAUUACCCCAAAUUUUUGUCUAUGGUUUCUGCUUACUACACCCUCCACAUAUCUCUCCACAUGCCUCAACACAUGCUUUGACUUCAAUCUUGACGAUAUUUACUCCCACCGCAUAAUGGGUAAUUGCAACGGCGUCCCGGCUGCCGGCAACGGCGGCGCCACCACCACCACCACGUCCAACUCAACUGCCCCACCAUCUCAGAAACAAUCUCCACCCAAGGGACUCACAAUCCUUCCUGCAUCGGAUCCGGCACCUCCUCGCCAACCGCUGCCGGCCUCCGUCGGCCGUGUCCUCGGGCGGCCAAUGGAAGAUGUUCGCGCAACCUACACAAUCGGUAAAGAGCUAGGCCGCGGCCAAUUUGGCGUGACGUAUCUUGUCACUCAUAAAACCACGCACCAACAGUUCGCUUGCAAGUCGAUCGCGAUGCGGAAGCUGAUCAACAAGGACGACAUCGACGAUGUCCGGAGAGAGGUUCAGAUCAUGCAUCACCUCACCGGACACCGUAACAUUGUCGAACUCCAUGGCGCCUACGAGGAUCGGCACUCUGUUAACCUAAUCAUGGAGUUGUGCGCCGGCGGGGAGCUAUUUGAUCGGAUUAUAGCGAAGGGACAUUAUUCGGAGCGUGCUGCAGCUGGGCUCUGUCGGCAGAUGGUGACGGUGGUGCAUGAUUGUCAUACGAUGGGAGUGUUCCAUAGAGACUUAAAACCUGAGAACUUUUUGUUCUUGAGUACCGAUGAAGACUCGCCAUUGAAAGCUACUGACUUUGGUCUCUCGGUGUUUUUCAAACCAGGAGAUGUAUUCAGAGACCUUGUUGGAAGUGCAUAUUAUGUGGCUCCUGAAGUCCUGCGUAGACAUUAUGGUGCUGAGGCAGAUAUCUGGAGUGCUGGUGUAAUUCUUUAUAUUUUACUUAGUGGUGUCCCACCAUUUUGGGGAGGUAUAUAUAUACAUAAUUUCAAUGAAGUUAUUAUCAUCAUAGAAUACAUGUAUCAACAAUUCAUAUCUUUUACAGAAACUGAGCAAAGCAUCUUUGAUGCUGUUCUACGUGGGAAUCUUGAUUUUGUAUCUGAUCCAUGGCCAAGCAUAUCAAGUAGUGCAAAAGAUCUUGUGAAAAAGAUGCUAAAAUCUGAUCCUAAAGAAAGACUUACAGCAGUUGAAGUCCUAAAUCACCCAUGGAUGAGAGAAGAUGGUGAUGCAUCAGAUAAGCCAAUUGACAUUGCUGUCCUUACAAGAAUGAAACAAUUCCGUGCCAUGAACAAAUUAAAAAAAGUAGCUCUGAAAGUAAUUGCAGAAAAUCUUUCAGAAGAAGAGAUUAUUGGAUUGAAGGAGAUGUUCAAAUCCAUGGACACUGAUAACAGUGGCACAAUCACUUUUGAAGAACUCAAAGCAGGUCUUCCUAAACUUGGCACCAAGCUUUCUGAAUCAGAAGUCAGGCAGUUAAUGGAAGCGGCUGAUGUGGAUGGAAAUGGGACGAUUGAUUAUAUUGAGUUUAUUUCUGCAACAAUGCAUUUGAAUCGUGUGGAAAGGGAAGAUCAUUUGUAUAAAGCUUUUGAGUACUUUGAUAAGGAUAAGAGUGGAUAUAUAACAGUGGAAGAAUUGGAGCAUGCUUUGAAGAAGUACAAUAUGGGAGAUGAGAAAACAAUAAAGGAAAUUAUUGCUGAAGUUGACACAGAUAAUGAUGGGCGGAUAAAUUAUGAUGAAUUUGCAGCCAUGAUGAGAAAAGGCAGCCCAGAAAUGGUCACCGCUAGACGUCGAAAAUGAUAAUUUUCAGAGUUUGUUUUUUCAUUUAUUUUCACAAAUUGUUUUUUCAUUAUUUUAAAGCUGGUUGAUUAAAUAUUUAACGAUAGCAGCCUUUUGAGUUUUUAUUAUGAGGGUUAUUUAUUUGUUUUCCCAGAAGCAAGUAAAUGGGGUUUGUUAUAGAUAUUUAUAAAUUAUAAUGUACCAAACUGUGAUUGUUUCUGAAAAAUCAUUUUUUUUUUUACCAAA